AUGGGAAACGCCGGAGUCAAAGGCGCUAAGGGCAGCAAGGACGAAUUUACAUUCGAAGAUAAUGAUGAUGAGGCCUUCACUGAGGCUUUGCGUGUGAAUCUGCAACGACUUAUCGUCUACGCACGUUCGGCCGACACAACAUUGCAGCGAGAAGUUGCCGAGAAGUUGGCCAAUGAAGCUGUUAAACCCGACAGACAGGUGCAAAUUGUGGAGCUUGAUGGACUGCAACUGUUGCUUCCGCUCACAAAGUCAACGGACACGGAGGUACAGCGUCUAGCGGCACAUGCACUUGCUAAUUUAUCAGUUAACUCUGAAAAUCAGUCCAAGAUGGCCACGGAAGGAGGAAUCGACAUGCUUAUUGACCUAUUGAGCAGCUCAAACGAGCACGUACAGCGACAGGCCGCCAAAGCUCUUGCCAAUCUUGGGGUCAACGUGGAUAAUAAGGAGCGCAUCGCCAAAGCGGGUGGCAUCAGACCACUUAUUGACUUAGCCAGCUCCCGUCAGAUAGGCGUCGCCGUUGAGGCCAUUGCAGCGCUCGCAAAUCUAGCAGUCAACGAUGCUAAUGAAGUCGAGAUUGCACGAAAAGGCGGUUUAAAGCCUAUUGUUGAUGGAGCGCACUCCGAUUCUGUCGAGCUUCAGUCUCAAGUCGCACGCGCAUUGCGCAAUUUGUCAGUCAACCCGGAAAAUAAGCAAGCAAUCGUAGAGCUGGGCGGAGUAGAGGCUCUACAAUCACUUGUGCAUUCUACAAAUGACCGAAUUUGCCAGCAGGCUACACGCGCGCUCGUUAAUCUUGGCGUUAAUGUGAUUGACUAA